AUGAAGCGUAAGCUCGACCAGAACGGUGUGCCGUCACCCGGGCCUGAAAACAAAGGACGCCCAAAAUCAGAGUUGGCGGCUGAUGCAGAGCUCACAUUCGCGGAUCUUGGGCUGGACCCUCGCCUUGUCCAAGCCGUUGCCGCGCAGAGCUUCCUCAAACCUACUCUCGUCCAACGCGAAGCUAUUCCGCUGGCACUUAAUGGGAAAGAUGUUCUUUGCAAGUCCAAGACUGGUUCAGGAAAGACUGCAGCUUAUGUUCUUCCAGUCCUGGAUGCCAUCCUCAAGAGAAAAACCACCGACAUUGUUGCCUCGACGUCUGCACUGAUACUGGUACCGACUCGAGAACUUGCCGACCAAGUCCACAAAGCCAUUGAGCAAUUCGCGUCCUUCUGUGCCAAGGAUGUUCGCGCUGUCAAGUUGACAGAUAAGCUGUCCGACGCCGUACAGAGGUCUCUACUAUCCACGAGUCCCGACAUUGUCAUAUCCACUCCCGCACGAGCAUGGUAUAACGUGAAGUCGAACCAGUCCCCCCUCUCUCUCGACAAACUUUCCCACCUCGUAUUGGACGAGGCUGAUCUGCUGUUAUCGUUUGGAUAUGACGAGGACCUGGAGAACCUUUCUUGGUCCAUACCAAAAGGGAUACAAACCAUCAUGAUGAGUGCCACCCUUACGGCGGAAAUUAAUUCGCUCAAGAAGAUUUUCUACCGCGACAACGCGCCAACCUUGCUUGACCUUGAAGAACCAGACGCUGAAGGCGAGGGGAUAGCGCAGCUGGUCACAAAGUGUGCCGAGGACGAAAAGUUCCUACUGGCCUACAUCAUUUUCAAGCUGCAGCUGGUCAAGGGCAAAUGCAUAAUUUUUGUCGCCGACAUCGACCGAUGCUACCGAUUAAAGCUUUUUUUUGAGCAGUUUGGCAUUAGAAGCUGUAUUCUCAACUCGGAACUACCCAUAAACUCGAGAAUCCAUGUCGUGGAAGAGUUCAACCGCAAUGUUUAUGACAUUAUUAUUGCUUCAGACGAGAAGGAGGUCCUCGGAAACGAAGAAAGAGCGGACGAGGAAGAUGCCAAUGAAGGCGGGGAGGAAGAGGAUUCCGUAGAGAGACAAGAACGACGACCCCAGAAGAAGCGCAAGGCAUCACGACGAGACAAGGAAUACGGGGUUUCUCGAGGUAUUGACUUCAAGAACGUGGCUGCCGUCAUCAACUUUGAUCUCCCAACAUCCGCUUCGUCAUACACGCACCGUAUUGGACGGACCGCACGAGCCGGCAAGGCCGGGAUGGCCUUGUCGUUUGUGAUUCCCAAGGAACAGUUUCGGAAACACAUGCCGACAUCGAUCCUGAGUGCAGAGAAUGAUGAAAAGGUUCUGGCGAGGAUCACGAGGCAGCAGGCCAAGAAGGGCAAGGAAAUCAAGCCCUACAAUUUCAACCAGAAGCAAGUUGAGGCCUUUCGAUAUCGCAUGAACGAUGCUCUGCGCGCUGUCACCAAGGUUGCAGUCCGCGAGGCGCGAACCCGGGAAUUACGUCAAGAGUUGAUGAAGAGCGAAAAACUCAAGAGAUACUUUGAAGAGAACCCGUCGGAAAUCAAUCACCUCCGUCACGACGGCGAAUUGAGAACGGCGAGACAGCAAGCCCAUCUGAAGCACGUUCCGGAAUACUUGUUACCGAAGGACGGCAAGAGGGGCCUGACAGAAGACGAUAUUGGUUUUGUUCCGCUGAGAAAGCCCGGCAAGCUACGUGGCCAUGGAAAAGGAAAAGGAAAGGGCAAAGGCACAAAACGGGGCGGGUUCAGGGUUGGCGCUAGGAAAAGCGAUCCUCUCAAGACAUUCAAGGCAAGGCGAAAAACGAAGUAA